CUGACCAUGGCGUAGAGGCGACAUUGCGCCGCAUAAAGCUUGCUAUUUAAUAGUAUAGACUUUUUAUCGUUUAAGAUCUAUAGUAUGCGCAAUGUUCUCUCCUAAAAUGGACGAGAAUACAAGCAUUGAUGAUCAGAGGAUAGCCAUGGCACAACUCCUUCAUAACGAAUUCGUUCAACACAAGACCCUUGAUGACUUUGCCUUGAGUUGUGCCAGUAUCUGGGAUAGCUGGACGAUCGAACGAACGAUUUCUACGACAGAUGGCGUGAUCCAGUGGCUGGCAUACGCCCGGUUAGUACAUCUCUUCGCCUUCUUAAAAGAGAUAAUCGCAAGGGAACGAAGAAGUGGGAUGUUUCAGCGGAAACGAGGCGUUGGUGCCGAUAGCAUUGCUAUCAACAUCUACCAAGACGCGCUGGAAGGCCAGGUUCAACGACGCAAGAUCGUCGAACGCCGUCGGAUCGGUAAAAGAUGGUGACUACUUUCUAAGCUGUCUUCCCUCCUGCUUCUUGUUUACUC